AUGUCGGUGCUUAGCUCUCUUCUGGUGGUCGUUGUCCUCGCCCUUUGCUUCUCCUUCGCUUCCGUGCGAGGUCAGGACUUCGACAUGAUGGAUGCUGCCAAUUGCACGGACUACACGAACUGCCGCGACUGUGCCAGCCAGCCGAACUGCGGUUGGUGCCCGGCCUUCGGUCUGUGCCUGGAGGGCACUUCGGCCAACGUGUCUACCGACGGCACCUGUAACGUUACCACCGGUGGCUGGCACUUCAAUGCCACCGACUGCCGCAACUGCUCGUCGUUCAAGAACUGCAAGUCGUGCGUGGAGGCCUACAGCAGCAAGAACGGCGCCGUGUGCGGUUGGUGCGAGCCUUUCGGCACCGGCAAGAACAAGACCAACGGCACCUGCUGGGAGGGUACCGCUGCCGGUCCCUUCUACAAGUCGCUCACCGCCAACGAGACCUGCGCCCAGAAGCACUGGGGCCUCGACUCCAAGAUCUGCGGCGAGGAUGACGAUGCCAAGAGGAAGCUGGCCAUCAUCAUCGGUCUGUCCGUGGCCGGUGGUCUGUUCGUGCUCGCCGUCGUGGCCACCAUCAUUUUUGUCAUCGUCAAGAGGAUGCAGAGGUCUCGCGGCUACCAGGCCAUCAACGAAUCCGCCUAA